UUUCACCUGAGACUAAUGAGGCAGUUGCUGUUUUCACAGGUUUUGAUUAGCAUAUGAUAGAUGCGCCAUACUCGUUUUCUGCUUUAUGUAACUGAUCGUACGCCAUUUCGUGGGAUCGAGUCUGUUCGAAAGCGGCAUGUAGAUCGAGUGACAUGUUUUCCAAGGAACGUUGACCUAAAGCUUGCGAUUGAAACCCAUUUACACAUGUGUCUCGGAUGACCUCUGCGAGUUUCUCGCCUGAGUCUCGCUGGAUACGCCGUCGAUGACACCCGUUCUUUGGAAAUGUUCUCUUUCGAUAUUUUCAAACCAAACUCAUGCACCCCAUUGCGCCCACUCUUCUGUAGAAGCCCAUUCAAAUGUUGACUGGUCCACUCUAACACUGUUAUGUAAUCUUCUAUUUUCUUGUGGCCAAGAUACAUCCUCAUUGAGUUCUAACUGCUCUUCAUGUUGUUCCUGUUCAACUCGCGUAUUUCUUUUAUUUCAGCGCCCGAUAAUUACCUCAUCUUCUAUUGAAAUCACAUUUGGCUAUCCUGUCGGCUUGUUCUCUGCGUUCUUGUGCUUUUUAUGGCUUGUCUACCUAUGGGAAACGUAUCUUGACUACAGGCAGUACAUGACAGUUAAGAACACGCAUCAUCCACCUCCCGAACUUUCCGAAUGGAUUGACAACGCGGAGUUUCAAAGAUCGAGGGCUUACACACAGGAUAAAAGUAUUUUUUCCUUCACCCACGAUUUGUACGACGUCAUUGAAACCACACUCAUACUUUAUUUCUCGGUUAUACCGUGGUUGUGGUCCAAGGUAACGCAAGACAGCAUUGCUAUUAAUUCCUUCAUAAAAUGGAGUCUUGGUAUCGAUCUCGGAAUCAACUCUGAUAGCGAAAUCAUUUGCUCUUUGGUCUUCUUGUUCUACGUCACCAUUUAUAAAUUUUUCCAAUCUCUUCCAUGGAGCCUGUAUUUCAACUUCGUCAUCGAAGCCCGUCACGGAUUCAACAAUCAAACACUAUACUUUUUCUUCAAAGACAGAAUAAAAGCUACACUUUUAUCCAUAGCCAUCGGGUUCCCUUUAUCUUCGGCCUUAAUAUGGAUCAUAAAGUUCGGUGGUCGUCACUUUUAUAUAUAUGCUUAUAUUUUCGCCCUCGUCGUCACCCUACUCAUGAUGUUCGUCUAUCCUGAGUUCAUCGCUCCGUUAUUCGACCGAUACGCCCCACUUCCUGAUGGCAGCCUUCGAAACAAAAUUGAAGCCCUGGCUGCAAGGAUUAAUUUCCCCCUGAAGAAGUUACUUGUCGUAGAAGGUUCUAAGCGCUCAGCUCACAGCAAUGCCUAUUUUUAUGGAUUUGGAAAAAACAAGCGCAUUGUGUUGUACGAUACACUUAUGCGUGGAUUCAAAUUCCCAGAAACGGGGACAUCAUCCCCACAAAUUCACAGUGAUGAACAAGAUAAGGUACCCAUUCGCGGUUGCGCCCUAGAUGAGGAAGUCGUUGCAGUCCUGGGACACGAACUGGGUCAUUGGAAAUAUGGCCACACUAUCGUCCACCUGCUCGUUAAUGACCGUCGAUAG